AUUCACUAGAAAUAUAUAAUUUUAUUUUGUUCUGUGUUAGACAUUGAGAAGGCAACAUCUUGCAGUUCUCAUUAUCCAGGACAGUCCAUUAUAAUAUAAAAUAUGGUGCAAGCAUCAGUAUUCAAUAUAGCUCUGCUAUGUGUUCUGGCUGGGAUUGUUGUGGUACAUGCACAGCAAAAGACACAGGGUGACUGUUUUGAGUACUGUGGGAGUAAACCAGAGGAAGCAACAGGUUUACUGACCGUUUGUGUGCCUGGUAGACCAAAUUGCAGCCUUUGUAUGUUUUUUGAAAAUCCAUGCCCGAAAGUCGAAGAAUGUGGCCCAACUGGAAGUGUGCUAACACCAGAUGGACGAUGUCGUGUCUGUCCAGGCGAGGUUUGUGCUGUUGACGAGAAAGCGUACAAAGCAGGAGAUGAAGUUAACAGUAAAGAUGGUCAGAACAAGUGCAAGUGUCAAGCGGACGGAACUUUGAAGUGUAGCGCGGAGAAAUUUGUGCCCAUAAGAGAAUUAUGCAACGUGUAACUGUUUAAAAGAAAGCAUUAUAAAUAUCAUAUUUACGCUAUUCCCCCGUCUAAUUUUUACAAUAUAAAGUGUAUCUUUAAUAAUGGCAUGAUCACAAAAUUAUUCCGAUCUUAAACACAAUCUCAAUAACACAUUAUGUCAGUAUUUGAUUUUGAAUCUAAUUGAAAUAAAAAAGGAAAAUUAAA